GUAUCGAGACCCGAGAGUUCACCUUGUCUUGGGAGGAGAAGGACAUGUUUUUUGAGGUCGUGGACCGCAAGAUGAAAGCUCUGAUGUCCGAGCUCGGGUGGUCGGACCCCUCGGAGCUGGAGGGGGCCGUGCCGUUCUUCGAUCCGGACCCCCAUGUUGUCGACAGCACGGGCACGCGUGUUGAGGGUCCGAUGAUGAUCUUUGCUGACGAUCCUGCCGGCUUCCCCCUGACCUUCCGGUUCAAGCUGCCGCGGCGAAAGGCGGCUGCGACGGAAUCCCCUGGUGAUGACAAGGAAGCAGAGCCUGCUCUGGAGGGAAAGGAGGAGGAGGCGGAGGCGGAGGCCCACGAUGCAGAGGAAGAUGCCGAGGAGGAGCAGGAGCCCGAUCAGGCCACUGCUGAAGUUGUUGAGGUGCCAAAGCGUGCCCCGGAGGACUGCUUACAGGAGCUGUUGAAUCAACCAGGCCUGACAGUCGUGUUUACGCAUCCUCGUCCAAAUUCAGUGCAGCUUCACGAGUGCUUUGGCGCCACGGGCAAGGCUUGCUGGAAGCGCUGCAAGGUGCCCGGAGACUAUGCUGAGUUCGAAUUCUCGACUGAUGGAGAUGGGGGCGACAAGCCGGACAAGCGAUGGGGUGUCUUGGCUUUGGUGCUUCCCGCCGCAUCGAGUGAUGACAUGGGCUUGCAGGAAAAGGUGGAUGAGUUCCUGGGUCGCUGGGUGGAGGAGCUACAAAGGGCUGCUGGGAGCAUGGAGUCGCCCACGGUGGAGAGGGAUGCCUGGGAUGAAGUGCGUCUCCGAGCCCUUUGUGCUCGACACGGCUGGGAGUUCGAAUGGAUGACAGAAGAUGGAGAGCGUCGCAGAAGAGCCCACGAGCAGUGGGACGUCCUGAAGCUCUCCACUCCAGCAGCUCCAGCUCUGCCCGGCGACUCCGCAGAGCCGGAUGGCGCAUCCGGCGCUCCCUGA